AUGGCAGACUCGAUGGACGUGGAUCAAAACUCGGCAGCUAAACCUGACGCAGAGGCAAACUCGACCGAACAAAAACGAUUUGUGGUCAAGAAGUGGAAUGCGGUAGCCCUGUGGGCCUGGGAUAUCAUUGUUGAUAAUUGCGCAAUUUGCAGGAAUCACAUCAUGGAUCUAUGUAUCGAAUGUCAAGCCAAUCAAGCCAGUGCGACUAACGAGGAAUGUACGGUUGCUUGGGGAACCUGUAAUCAUGCCUUUCAUUUCCACUGCAUCUCGAGGUGGCUCAAGACUCGUCAAGUUUGUCCCCUCGAUAAUCGAGAAUGGGAACUCCAAAAGUAUGGUCGAUGA